CUGGUCCACAAAAAAACCUCUUCGUCUGUCCUCUAUGGCGCCAUGCGCAGCUCGCUGCGGGAAUUGGGCCGCCUGGAGGCACUUGAGGCGGGUGAGGGAAGCGCCUUUGCUCGCGUCAAGGUCACCGGCGACGGCCGCGGCGUGUUGCUGCAGGGCCUUGGGGGUGCUGUGGUGGUCCCCUUUGAUGGGCCAAAGGUGCCGCAGCAGAUCCCUCUCAAGGCCGACCUAAAGGGCCUGGAACGUGGAGAGGUCGCUUGGUCAGCCGAUGGGAACCUUGCCAGCACUUGCCUGGAUGGACAGCUACAGCUCCUGCAGAUGAAGGUGGAGCUCGAGGAGAUCUAUGUGCCUGAAAUCUUUGAGCAUGGCUUCAGUGCCAUGCCGCGGCUGUGCUGGGGGUCAGGACCGCGACCAGCGCACUUGGCGCUCUGGCGACCAAAGGAUGUGCGACUGCAGCUCUGGAGAGGUAAUGGCUUGGAGACAUUGCCGGAAGAGCGACCAUUACGAGGCAUUGCCUGGGGUCCAGAGCACUUGCUGGCGGUUUGGUCAGGUCGGGCGCUCGGCUUUCCGUGCGAGAAGUUGGCCACCGGAGCUUUGCACUUGUGGCAUACCCAGCCUGAGACGCCCAUGCAGGUAGACCUCCCGGUGGAUGGAGGCGUAUGUGAUGUGGCGUGGUCCCAAGGGUCGGAGAGGACCGCGGUGGGACACCGCCUCACCGCGGUGGAGAGCGACGGGAAGGUGACAGUGUGGUCAAUUGACAUCGCCGACUGCCUUGAGAUCACAGUGCUGUGCACGAUGUCAUCCUCCAGGUCCUUGAUUGAUACCUGGGAGAUGCUCCACUCCGGAGGUGACACCUUCUGCCUGGUGCCCUUUGCGGCCUUCCGCCUAUGUGGUGCCGAUGUCGAGUCCGCCCAGCUCUUGGCGGCGGUGAGGGUGAAGGGCGAGGAGAAGGUCUUGCCGGUGGCCUCCUUGAGUGCUUGGCCUGCUCCCCGAGUCUGGAGGGGCGAUCGAUGGCAGGAGCUUCACCGUGAGGGCUGUGCCAUCACAGUGCAUGGCUGGUCGCCCGCAUUGGGCGGCCACCGACGGUGGCUGCUGUCGGUGGCCCACGCCUUAGGGCCGAUGGUGGGCCAUUUGAAGCGCAGCAGGGUGCUCCUCUGGGACGUCGAGACGGACAUGCCGGUUCGAGAGCUGAAGCUGUUGGAGGACUGCCCCGUGCAUCGCUUCCGCUUUGAGCGGUCUGAAGGAUCCCCUGGAUCCGCCGUGCUGGCGUGCGCGCUGGUGGACGGGCGAAGCCUGCUGGUGGAGAUGGACGGUGAGGCCUCGGUCACCUCCGCCACCAUUCUGGGCGACGCAUGGAACGGUGCCGCUCCGACGGGCGCCCGCUGGCGCAACUGGCCCCGAGGCGCGCAGGACCUACGCCUGCUGCCCUGCCGCCGUGUGGCCAUGACCUUGCGGCGGCGUGAGAUGGCGGGGGACACCGAGGCGGGCGACGCCGUGGUAGUCUAUGGCCGGAGCUUCGAAAGCAGCAACUACAGGCAGCUGAUGCUGGGACGCAGCAUGGAGGCGGAUGUGCCCAAGAGUCCAGAUGCGGCCAUCAAGAGCCUCAGCAGCUUCCUCGCCUCGCGCAGCUUCCCCGACGCGACGGCGGAACUCGAGCGUUCGCUGCGCAGAGCUGCGAAGCCCACGGCGGCGACGCUUUUGCUGGAGCCAGGGAGUCACGCAGCGGCCCAAUUGGAGGGGCAGCUGCAGGCCGCGCUGCUGUGGUGCGCCGAUCCGCCGCUGGAGCUCGGCGAGGAUGGAAGACUGGGCCAUCUUCGCCAGCUCAUCAACGAUGCGGUGGACAGCGAUGGUCCACUCUUGAAGCCUUUGCUGGUCUUCUUGCUGAGCCUCCAUGCAUGGCAACACAGCCUGCGCAGCCCCUUGCUGCCGCUGCUUCCACCUUGUUCACAGGAAAACUUGCGGCUUUACCACUAUAGCACAGCAUUGGACCAGGCAUGGCAGCCCUUCUUUCGCGAGGGCUCCUUCUUUCGCCUCCGUCACUUCGUCACGGCAGAACGGCAGCCGGCUUUGGAGCUUCUUGAGGAGCAGCUGGAAUAUUGCUUUGAGAUCGUUAGUACGGGCGCGAGGCUGGCGGUGGAGAUCCCGCUGCUCUAUUUGGAUCCAGAGGUCUCUGGAGGUGCGGAUGGGACUUGGGUGCUGCCGCCUUAUGGCGUGGUGGAAGUCCUCUCGGUGGAAUAUGGCGACUCAGGUGAAAGAUCCUCACCACGGCAAAUCACAUUGAGAUAUCCAGGCGUCUCGAUGCGGACUGGGCUGUGUGACCUUCCAAUCGGGCCGCGGAUGUGACGGGAACAGAUCAGAGGGUUCGCAAGGAGGAUUCCUGGCGCCUAGAGAACGC